GUCUGAGUCAUUGGAAACAACCUCCCUAUAUUUAAAAAUAAGGUUGUGUAUAUUGACUCAAACUCCCCUGACCCUGUAUUACGGGAGUCAUAUACACUGAGUAUGCCAACAUCAGUCCUAAGGUAUUUAUUUCCCUUUCUGAGAAGCAUCAAUCUCUUGUAAUUUGUACAAUAAAUGCAAAAUAUUGCACUACUUUAUAAAACUUAUGACUCCUUUUCUUAGCUGCAGAUUUGCAUAACAAAAUCACCCUUCCAACCUCAUCACAAUCCGAUGAUGACUGAAAAGGCAAUGGAUAAGUAUUCAGUCUCAGUAAAUCCAAAUGCAAAAGAUGGUAUGAAGAAGCAUUCCACUGGGGCAAUGAUUACUAGAGGUUCAUCAAUUCCUUCAACCAGCAAGGAAAAGCCUCUACCUAAUUAUCUAAGAGCUUAUACCAACUCGUGCCAUGAUUUUUGCAAAUAUGGAUGGAAAGAACCUCUUAAGACUGACACAAAGCUUCCUUCAGUUCUUCCCAAAUUGAAUGACAAUUUGAAGAAGCAUUCAACUGGAGGAAUGAUUACUACAGGUUCAUCACUUCCUUCAACCAGCAAGAAAAAGGCUCUACCUCAUUAUCUAAGAACUUGUACCAACUCCUGCCAUAAUUUUUGCAAGGAUGGAUGGAAACAAGCUUUUGAGACUGACACAAAGCCUCUUUCAGUUCUUCGCAAAUUGAACAACAAUUUGGAGAAGCAUUCAACUGGGGGAAGGAUUACUACAGGCUCAUCACAUCCUUCAACCAGCAAAGUAAAGCCUCUACCUCGUUAUCUAAGAGCCUCUUCUAAUGCCUGCCAUGAUUUUUGCAAGCGUGGAAGGAAACAAGUUUUUGAGGCUGAGAGAAAGCAUCCUUCAUUUCUUCUCAAGUUAAACAACAAAUCAAAGAAGCUUUCAACUGGGGGAAGGAUUACUACUGGUAUAUCACUUCCUUCAACCAGCAAGGUAAAGAUUCUACCUCGUUAUCUAAGAGCUUCUACUAACUCCUGCCAUGAUUUUUGCAAGUAUGGGUGGAAAUAUGAUUUCAUGGCUGAGACAAAGCCUUUGUUUUUUCCCAAUUCGAUCAACAAGUUUACUCUGAGAGAUGAGUCAUAUCAAGUAAACAAAUUACAUGUAGGAGAGAGAAACCCUUGUGCGAUCAAGCUGAAGCCCUCAUCUCAUAGAAAAGCCAAAUUUCCUGAUAAACCAGCUGUCAAUAAGGAAAAGUUUUCUUCAAAGAACAUCAAGGAUGGAUUUUUAGAGUUCCCUGUCAAGAUUAAGUUGCAAUCACCAAUAUCAACACAAACAAGCAGUAUAUCUAAUGAUCAUAUAGUUAUUCCAAUUUUGACGAAUGAAGAAACUCAGGUGAGAUACACUAAUCCAAGGGAUCAAAAGAUGAAACAAGUUAUCAAAUCAAAGAAUCUGAUCGAGUCACAUUCAUUUUCUUACAAUCAUAAAGUUGGUGAACAAUCUACUGACAAUGGAUUUGAUGCACGACAGAAGACUGGUAUCAUCAAGAAGAGGACUUUAUCUCUAUGGGAAGCCAGUUCAUCUUUUAAACCUAAACUGGUUAAGCAAACAUCUUUGAAGAGCAACAUCACACAUAAGAUACCAGUUCCUAGUAAGAUCACUCCUGUUAGUGCUGCAUCUAAGAAGGUCAGUGAGAUAACAACUGUAGCAUCAAGAUCUGUGCUUUCUCCUUCACAUGAACCAACUGUACGAAGAAAUGGGAAAGAAGUUCUUGCUAAGAGUGGUGAAAAGAAAGAUAUGCUAGAAAAGAAGAUGUUGAAACCAUCCACAGCUUCUCCAUCUCUCACGUAUAUUGGUGAUGGUGUCUUGAGUUUGAACCACAGGAAACACAAGCAUGGAAAGGAAGUGAUCCCUGACAAGAAUCAAGAAGUUGGAAAAGCCCAAUAUGAUAGUGAGAACAAUGAGGAGAAAACAUUGUAUGUUAAUAAGAGACCUGAGAAAGCUGGUUUGGAUUCUACAGUGCAGAAAUCAUCAAAAACAGGGAAUGUUGUCUGUGAUUCCUCAAAGCAACCACUACUGAAAUGUGAAAAUAGUGAUAUGGAUUUCCCACUGCAGGAAAUGCUCGAGCUGGAAAAUGCUGACACCGAGAACAUCAAUCUUCAUUCCUUUGAACUGAAUCUUGAUCAUCAGAAAUUGAUUGAACAAACGAGUGUUGAUAUAAACUUUCCAGAGAAGAAAUUGUUGAACCCAGAGAACUCAGAGAAUGUCAUUAUAGUGAAGCCAGAAAAUGCUGACAUGGGUAUCCUAUGGAAGAAUUUUCUGGAACUAGAGAAUGGUAAUUUUGAUUCCUUUGAGUUGGAUCUUGAUGAUCAGAAAUUGCUUGAACAAAAGAAUGCCGACAUCGAUUUCCUAAAGCAAAAAUUAAUGAACCCAGAGAACCUAGAGAAUGUCGAUAUACUCAAGUCAGGGAAUACUAACAUGAGUGUCGUAGGGCAAAAAUUGCUAGAACUAGAUAACAUUAAUCUUCAUUUGUUUGGACUGAAUCCUGAUGAUCAAGAACAAAAGAAUGUCGAUAUGGAUUUCUUAGAGAAGAAUUUGUUGAACCCAGAAAAGAUAGAGAAUAUCAAUAUGCUCAAGCCCGAGAAUGCUAACAUGGGUGUCCUAGGGCAAAAAUUGCUGGAACUAGAGAACACUAACUUUGAUUGCUUCAAAUUAAAUCCUGAUGAUCAGAAAUUGCUCGAACAAAAGAAUUUUGAUUUAAAUUCACUAGAGAAGAAAUUUGUAAAUUCAGAUGACCCAAAUAACUCAGCAUAUAUUGAUUUGUUUAAGCCAGAGAAUGCUGACAUGGAUGUUUUAGGGCAAAAUUUACUGGAACUAGAGAACAUCAAUCUUGAUUCCUUUGAACUGAAUCCUGAUAAUAAGAAAUUGUUUGAACAAAAGAAUAUCGAUAUGGAUUUGCUAGAUGAUUCCUCAGAACUGAAACAUGAUGAGGAUUGGAAAAUGGUCAAAUUAAAAAAUGUUGAUAUGAGUUUUCUAGAGCAAGAUUCAUUGAUGCCAGAGGAAAUAGAUUUCGAGUCCCUGGAAACAGAACCUACCAACCAGAAAUUGCUCGAGCUAGGCAAGGAUUACAUGGAUUCCCCAGAGCUGAAAUUACUGAAACCAGAGGACAUCAAUCUUGUAGACACCUUGGAACUGAAAUCUGAUGGCGCCGAUGUGAAUUUUCUACAAGAGAAAUUGUUGAAAUUAGAGAACAUUGAUGUUGAUGCUCUGGAACUGAAACCUAGUGAUGACCAACCAUCCCAAUCUUCUACAGAUGAUGUGGAAGAGAUUGAGGAAUCAGAGUCUGCUUCUUCCGAAACAACUGAAUCGGACUCUGAGCAUGAGAUUAACGAAGACAGUGACAAUUGUGAAUCUUUAAAAAGUGAACAGAAGAGAAUAGUCAGAAGAGAUGCGAUUGUUCAUCAUCGGGAAGAUGAGUUUUCCAUACCACACAAAUUAAAGUUUACGAGAGGUAAGGCGAUUGAACUUCAGCCUGAAAACAAUGGUCCAAAAAGGCUAAGAUUCAGGAGAGGAAGAAUGGUGGAUAGAAACGUCAACAGCAGUCACUUAGAGAGGGAGAACUUCCAAAGGAGUGAGAUGGCCGACGUGGUAACUGACUCAAAACCAGAAACUCAAAGCAUUGUGCUAAAACACCAAGAUACACAGGAGAAGGAUGUGCGAGGCUUAUUCAACAAUGUGAUAGAAGAAACCACGAAUAAACUAGUGGAGACUAGGAAGAGCAAGGUGAAGGCAUUGAUCGGUGCAUUCGAAAUUGUGAUCUCUCUCCAAUAGAGCAAACUAGAAUCUACAAUGACAUUCUUUUUCUGAUAACUGACUCAAUGCUAGUAGUAGAACUGUCAGUGUUCACUUCUUCCAAUGUUUAUAAAGUGAAAAAAAAUUGUAUCAUAGAGUAGUAGUGUGGAUAUACAAAGUAUACAUGAACUUGUAUAUGGGAAGAUGCUUGUCUAAAUAUGUCAACAUGUUCAGGGAAGUUGGCUCAUUCGAAAAGUUCUUGUGGGGUGGUACAAGUGAUUCCUGUCAUGGAACCUAUUCCUGUAAUGGUACUUAUCCCUUGUAGUCAGUAAGUGCACUGUUCUCUUUGGUUUGAGAUUCUACUGAAUA